AUGGUUUGCCAGACCACCGGAAGAGGAGCUACGAACGUAUGAUAAUUUUCUGGUUCUGCCGGGAAUCGAACCCGGGACCUCUAUAACGUGACAGAUCAGUGCGCCGUAUAUCAUGUCACGCUCGCGAUUGCUUGACACCGUCAUGCUCGCGCUAAAGGAUUACGGUAGCAGUGACGAGGGUAGCGAACCCGAGAGUGAAAGAAUUUCCGCGAAUGUCGAAGAUGAAGAGGUUAAGCGCAGCUCGGACGCCGAUCACACACCCAAACCGUUUGCCGUUGACAAAUUGACCACUCCCCUCAACUUGCAGAUAUGUUCUGCGCCCGAAGUUGUGCCCACCGGAACAGAAUUGUGCGUUAGGCAUGUGGAUUCCACGACGAAGGAAGUUCUGCACAAUCCUAAGUAUGAGGAACUCUUUACGCCAGACGUGGGACCAGAGAACCCGUUCAAGACGCAACAGCAGCGUGCAAUAAAAAAUAUGCUCUCUGGAUACGUGGAACGUGCGCACAUCAGCGAAUUCCAAUUUGAAAACCAGAGGAGAACGUUCGCUAGUUAUGGAUACGCGCUAGAUCCAACUGUGGACGGCAGCGCUGACGAGGGUAAGGUCAUAAUCGGCGCGAAAGAAGCAGCGGAAGAAUCUGGCGGCAAGACUGUCUUUGAGAAUACUGUGCUGAGACCGUCGGACAAAAGGAAGCGGCACAGGAACAACAAUCCCGCCGAUAUAGAAGGUUUCCUGGGACCAUGGGGUGGAUAUAUAGACGAGAAGCGAGUAGUGAAGCCAAGCGAGGAGGAAGCCGCAGAGUUGGAGGAAAUAUUGGCGAAAAGGAACAAACGGGGCAAGCAGACGGAGGAGAAGCCUCUGGAAGAGAAAACCGUGUUACAUAUCAAAGACAGUGUGGAUUAUCAGGGACGUUCGUUCCUGCACGCGCCGCAGGACGUCGGUGUAAAUCUCAGAUCGGAAUCGCCACCCGACCGCUGCUUCUUGCCGAAGGCGCAGAUCCACACGUGGGAGGGCCACACGAAGGGCAUCUCGCAGAUCCGCUGGUUUCCUCGCACCGCGCAUUUAUUGUUAUCUUGCAGUAUGGACUGUAGGGUGAAGUUGUGGGAGGUGUACAAAGACAGGAGGUGCGUCCGUACGUAUUACGGGCACCGUCAGGCGGUGCGCGAUAUAAGCUUCGACAACGACGGCAAGCGAUUCUUAUCCGCGGCGUAUGACCGCUACGUGAAGCUGUGGGACACGGAAACGGGAGCUUGCAUCAGUCGCUUCACGAGCAGGAAGAUCCCGUACUGCGCCAAGUUUAAUCCCGAUCCAGAUAAGCAGCAUCUCUUCGUGGCCGGCACCAGUGAUAAGAAAAUCAUUUGUUGGGAUAUACGUUCCGGCGAGAUAACGCAGGAAUACGACAGGCAUUUGGGCGCCGUGAACACCAUCACGUUUGUGGACGAGAACCGGAGAUUCGUGACCACGUCGGACGACAAGAGCCUUCGCGUCUGGGAGUGGGACAUCCCAGUCGAUAUGAAAUACAUCGCCGAUCCGUCGAUGCAUUCGAUGCCGGCUGUAACGCCGUCCCGCAACCAGAAGUGGCUCGCCUGCCAGAGUAUGGAUAACAAAAUCGUCAUAUUCUCGGCACUGAAUCGAUUCAAGAUGAAUCGGAAGAAGACCUUCACGGGGCACAUGGUCGCCGGGUACGCGUGUGGCUUGGACUUCUCUCCAGAUAUGAGCUAUUUGGUAUCGGGCGACGCUGACGGCAAGUGUUACAUUUGGGACUGGAAGACGACGAAAUUGUACAAAAAGUGGAAGGCGCAUGACGGUGUGUGCAUCGACGUGCUGUGGCAUCCACACGAGCCGUCCAGACUCGCCACGGCCGGAUGGGACGGCAAGAUCAAGUAUUGGGAUUAAAAUUCGGCCGGCGCUGUGUACAUAUUUGACGUGUCAUCGGAAGAGGACGAUACGGAUGUUGUAAAAAAAAAACAAAAAUAUAAACUACGAGUGUCUUUUA